UGGCUCCCUCCACAGUGCGGUUCGGUUGACGUAUCACCGCUCAGCCUGUGGUUAUUCUGCUAAGCAGCGACGGUUAUUUUUGUUUACAUGAACAGAAAAUCAUAAACGGUGCUUCUUGCGAACGAGUUGACCGAAAAACGCACCUAAUCGCAGGCUGAACAUGGAGUCGUAUGAUAUUAUAGCCAACCAGCCGGUUGUGAUUGAUAAUGGGUCUGGAGUUAUUAAAGCUGGCUUUGCUGGAGAUCAGAUCCCUAAAUACUGUUUCCCAAAUUAUGUGGGACGGCCCAAGCAUGUUCGGGUGAUGGCUGGUGCCCUUGAAGGUGAUCUCUUCAUUGGACCCAAAGCUGAGGAGCACAGGGGGCUGCUGUCUGUCCGCUAUCCUAUGGAACACGGUAUUGUGAAAGACUGGAAUGACAUGGAGCGCAUCUGGCAGUACGUGUAUUCGAAGGAACAGCUGCAGACUUUCUCCGAGGAGCAUCCUGUACUGCUGACUGAAGCGCCGCUGAACCCCAGUAAAAACCGUGAGCGGGCGGCUGAGGUUUUCUUCGAGACCUUCAACGUGCCGGCGCUGUUCAUCUCCAUGCAGGCGGUGCUCAGUUUAUACGCUACAGGCCGAACCACAGGUGUGGUCCUGGACGCUGGUGAUGGUGUGACACACGCUGUCCCCAUAUACGAGGGAUUCGCCAUUCCACAUUCCAUCAUGCGCGUGGACAUCGCCGGACGUGACGUCUCCCGAUACCUCCGCCUCCUCCUACGCAAGGAAGGCUACGAUUUCCACACUUCUGCUGAGUUUGAGGUUGUGCGCACCAUCAAGGAGAGAGCCUGCUACCUUUCCCUCAACCCCCAGAAGGAUGAAACUCUAGAAACUGAAAAAGCUCAAUACACACUCCCCGACGGAAGCACUCUAGAUAUCGGUCCAGCGCGGUUCAGGGCUCCAGAGCUUCUCUUCAGGCCUGAUCUGAUUGGAGACGAGAGCGAGGGAAUUCAUGAGGUGCUGGCUUUCGCCAUUCAGAAGUCAGACAUGGAUCUGCGUCGCACGCUCUUCUCUAACAUAGUAUUGUCUGGUGGCUCCACGCUCCUCAAAGGUUUUGGAGACCGGUUGUUAAGCGAAGUGAAGAAACUUGCACCCAAAGACGUUAAAAUUAAGAUAUCUGCACCACAGGAGAGACUUUAUUCAACAUGGAUAGGGGGAUCUAUCCUGGCUUCACUCGACACCUUUAAGAAGAUGUGGGUCUCCAAGAAGGAAUAUGAGGAAGAUCGCGCCCGUGCCAUCCACCGGAAGACAUUUUAAUGGGGUUUAAGGCCACUGGCCUCCCUCAUCUCUGCGGUUUCACAUCCCUCUCCUCUCUCGCUUGGCCUCCCUCUAUUACCCUCCCUCCCCACCCGUCCCGACAGCGAACCUGCCGGGCCUCCCAUCCGCAGCUAAGGCAUGCCUUCCGUGUCCCCUGCCCAGCUCUCAUUCGGGACACCCGACGAAUGGCACUGGGGCAGGAUACCACCGGGUUCUGCACCCAACAAACACCAACAAAAAGGCUUUUCAGGGCAUCAGUCAAUACUGUUAACUAUUGUUUCAUUCAAAGCCAAUGCUUCAAUUUAGCGCUUUAGAUAUUUAUUACACUAUUUACCCUGCCCUGUAUGAUAUUGUCAUAUCUAUUCUAAUGAAACAUGAAGGUGAAUGUUUUACUCUGUUGUAAGAAUUUCAUUCCAGAACCGAAGAGAUCGAUCAUUUUCUUUAAAUGUCGCAAUUGUCAGCAUAGUAUUUUUAUUCCUAUUUGUUAAUGACGAGCGUAUACAAUAGAAAAAGGCAUCGCUCACCACUACAACAAUUCACUUUAAUGGACACUACUGUGUUUCCUGUCUGUGUCCCUUCCCUUGACUCCCGUCUCGAAGCUGAAACCACUCUAUAGCUCAAGGGAACUAAAUAAUGUAUACUGAAAUACGAAGUACACGGUAGGUAGCUAGAUUUAUCGCUGCUUGACACGUCGACAAGUGUUCUUAUUAGUAUACAGCACAUUUUAACAUGGAAUCAUCGGUUUAUGAAAAGGGCCGGCUUUUAAGAAACACUUUCUAGUUGUUUACUGUCUUUUUUGCUCUUAGAAUUAAUGUUUGUCAGCUUUAAGUUGUAAAGCAUAAUUGUUACCGCACAAAAAUUGACUUGAUGCGAACAUCAGCCCUUUCGAGUCAUGUUCUUCCUCUGAACAUUUCCCAUGAUCCUCAUAUUGUUAACUCGAGAACCAGAGCUGUUGACUGAAGCUUUAGUGAAGUCAUCCAGUGAUUUUUACGUUGCCAUGAGACGUCUCAUCAUUGUGGCACGAUCUCGAUGUAAAUUCAGACUCUCCCCAAAUUCCAGAUUAGUGCAUGAACUCAACAGAACGACUGAGAUUGUGUGUUAUUUCAUUGUAAAUCACAUCGAUGUGGAUAUCGAAGGCAGAGGGUGGCCGAAUGGAUUUAGAAGCUCUUCUGGCACUAGUAUUUCUGUAGUGUUUGUUGAAAGAGAGCUGCUCUCUAAUGGGAUGAUGGGGUAACAGGGUUGCGUUUAAGUCCAGUUUGUCCAACCUAAGAAUCGCCUUACUCCAGUGUCUUCAUUGGAAGGUCAGAGCAUCUCGGUUGCUUUUCUUUUGAUAGAGAUAGAAAUAUCAUCAUAAGCCUUGUGCAUAGUGGAUUGCUAUUCAAACUGUUAAAAAACAAAACAAAAAAAUAAACGAAAAAGGACUCAAAUGUACAAACCUGUUUCUUCAAUUGUUGCUUUUUCAUUUAAUUUUGUAAAUUCAGUAUGAUAAAUAAAUUAAUGCUGUCUGAAAUAA